CCCGCGGCCGCCCCGCUCGGGCCGCCCCGUUGGAAGCGGCGGGGCCCGGCAGCCCCGGCAGCCCCGGCAGCCCCGGCGGCCGCGGAGAGGCGGGAGGGAGGCCCGGGAGCGGGGCGGGCGCCGGGUGAGGCGGAUCUCCGGGCGCCGCCUCCGCCGCAGCGCGCGUCAUGGCGGCCAACGAGGACCAGGAGAUGGAGCUGGAAGCGCUGCGCUCCAUCUACGAGGGAGACCUGUGCUUCAGGGAGCUGAGCCCGGUGUCCUUCCAGUACCGGAUAGGUGAAAGUGGAGAUCCCAAAGCCUUUCUAAUAGAAGUUUCGUGGCCAGAAACAUAUCCACAAACAGCACCAGUCAUAUCCAUGGAUGCUUUCUUCAACAACACAAUAUCUUCAGCUAUUAAAAAAAGCAUAUUGGAUAAGUUAAUGAUAGAAGUUGAAGCAAAUCUUGGGACUGCUAUGACAUACACACUUUUUGAAUAUGCCAAAGAUAAUAAAGAGUUGUUCAUGGAAAAUCAGCCUGUCAACACUGUGACUUCAGUAAGCAAUAGUGUUGCAACUGGAACUCCUGAUGUGCCAGCAAGUAAGAAAAAAGAUAAAAAGGAGCACUUAUCCAAAACCCAGAAACGAAAACUAGCUGAUAAAACAGAUAACAAAGGGGAGCUUCCACGAGGAUGGAACUGGGUGGACGUAAUUAAGCAUGUAAGUAUUUUCAAGUUACCUUUUUAAUGUUAAAAAAGAUUUGUAAGAAAUAGUAAGAACUGUUGCUCAUUUUGGAUUCUAAUUUACAUAUUUCUCAACUGCUUUAAAAUAUUUAGACCUUUUGAAUAUUAGUCAGAAAUUAUUCCUCUUUGAACUUUGUUGGUUUACUAUUUCUUUUUUCUUUAUUGAGCAAUUAAACUUUUAUGAUGAGAGAGCUUUGCUAGCCAAGUGUACUGCAAAUAUUUUGUCUUCGUAUAGCAGCAAGAUGGAAAAUAAAGUUAGUGGUUCUGCUGGACUCUGGAGAGCAAUGGGUUAGUAGGCAGGAAAAAGGAGCUGUCCCAAGUGGGAGCACCUUGCUGUUUUCUACAAGCCUGAGCAUUCUCUGCCACAGCUCCUCCAGGGAAGUGUUCUUUUCUGCUUGUUCCCUCAGCAUUAAUUUUUUCACCCUCUUCUCUUUACUGGCUCAAUGGAAAUCAGUAUAGCUGCUUGACAGUUUUGAAAGCAAGCUGUUAGUUUGUGGAACUAUAAGUAAUUCUUAGUGUAAAACUUGAUACCGGUUCCAGUUGUUAAAUAAGAGCAAGUAAAUGAUGAUUACAGUUUGGAGCAGAGUCCUUCUGAGAUAAAAGUCUUGAUGUCUUGGAUAUUUUGAAUUCUGGAUAGAUUUCACAAUAGAUGCACUACAUUUAAUAAUCAUAAACUUAGCUUUGAAAAAUACAGAAAUAGUAAGGUAAUGUCUCUUUUUAUAUUGUGUAAAUUUUUUAAUGGGAAUUCUCUCAGAGGUGUGUGGAAACACCUUUUCCGCUACUUCUUUUUUUUUUAUUUUGGAGAGCUGGUGAUGGGAUCUUCAGAUUAAAUAGAAACAGUACACUGAUUAUUUUCUGGGAUUUUGUGGUGGUGUUUUUUUUAAAUCAACUUCCAUGUUCAGAAAAUAAGCUUACAUGGUGUUUAAGCUUAAGAAAUAAUUUCUUAUGCUUUUCAGUCUCUUGGUACAGUAGCACAAUCAGUCUGUAUUUAAAUAUACACGUGUUCUAUGUAAGAUGGAGAUAAUGUUUUUGUUUCCUAAUAAAUGGAAUGACAGUCUAAACUUUGAAUACUUUCUUUUUGUGUCUCUUUUAUAGUUAAGCAAAACUGGUUCUAAAGAUGAUGAAUAAAGGACUUUGGUACAAGGAAACUCCACCCUUUAUUACAGUGCAAUUUUGGGUCACCUUCUUUCUCUUAAAAACUUUCAUAUUUGUUGAAGUAAACAUUUUAUAAAGCUCAAUUUCCUAACUCUCAAACCUAGUCACACAAGUUUAUCUAGAGGCUAUGUGGUCUUCUUUGGAAAACAAAAAAAACAAACAAACUUGCCUUAAAUGAAGGUUAGAAUGUGACGAAGGAUAUAGAGAGCCAGUGUGGUGAAGUGAAUAGUGCUAUAUGCAGUGUUUAUUAAUUUAUAUUUUACUCUGUAGUAAAAUCCUGUUAUAGUGAACCCAAUGAUACUGUAAGUGUUUCCUGAUGCUAUUCCAAUUGAAAAAAAAAAGCACUAUAGCGGUGAUUGGUCACUUGACAGCAUAAUUCAUCAAAAUAAAUUAUUCCAUGGAAACAAGACCUUUGUAAUUUGUUUCUCUAAUAUGAAUGUAGAAGGAGAACAUAACAUAAAAAUUGUUAGAGUGCAGUGCAGAUGGGUCCUGUUUUCACUGGUUACUGGCUGAAGUACUUAAUAUUAGCACAAGCAAAGCCAGAUGUUCUAGUCUGCUCAAAAAUGAGUGGUUACAGCAGGAGUAAGUCUUUAUUCUCUGCGGUAUCCAUCUGUUAGUCUUUCUCUAGUGUGAAUCUUUACAGAAGGUUGGAUGUCUGAGGGGAGGGAAGAGUGCUUUCUUGCACGUCUGAAUGAGUGUUGGGAUUUCGUAGCUCUUUCAUUGGAGAAAUGGCAUUGCUUUCAGGGGUUUGCUGACUGAGUGGUGAGACAAUGAGAAGAAGUCAGCAUUCUGCCAAAUGUGUUGGGAGAACUUUGUUUCCUCGUCUGCUCUCUUGUAUCAGAACGAGAACUCAUCUUUACUGUAUAAAUGAUUACUGAAUACAAGAUGCCUUAAUGUCCUUUAUUAUUUUUGUUGUUUUGAGAUUAACUUUAAUAAAUGCCUAUUUAUCUGC